AUGAUUGUCAUUCUUAAUGAUAACGACCAAGUAUCUCCGCCCACAGGCACCAAAACGGUCGCCGGCGUUCGUCCGUCAGGUGCUCUCAGUGAUUAUACUUCUCGCCUCAUGUCAUCGAGGCCGGGCAUCAUGGCGCAGGGAGGUACGCUUUUCGAGGAGCUUGGUUUUUAUUAUGUUGGUCCCAUUGAUGGACACAAACUUGAUACCCUUGUUCCCGUACUCGAGAACGUCCGCGACAUGCCUGGCAACAAACCCGUCUUGAUCCAUGUCAAGACUGAAAAGGGCAAGGGAUACCCCCCCGCGGAGGCUUCCCUAGACAAAUACCACGGUGUCGCCCGUUUUGACGUCGGCACCGGCAAGCAGCAUAAGAGUGUCUCCCAGACCCCCAGCUAUACCUCCGUCUUUUCAAAAGCAUUGAUCGCUGAGGCCGAACAUGAUCGCAAGGUUGUCGCCAUUACAGCGGCCAUGCCCGGAGGCACUGGUUUAAAUAUUUUCGGGGAACGUUUUCCGAAGCGGUGCCACGAUGUCGGCAUUGCUGAGCAACACGCAGUGACGAUGGCUGGAGGCAUGGCAUGCGAGGGAUACAAGCCGUUCUGUUGCAUCUACCCAACCUUCAUGCAACGAGGUUACGAUCAACUCAUUCACGACGUUUCCAUUCAGAAGUUGCCUGUACGAUUCAUUCUGGACCGCGCGGGACUCGUCGGAAACGAAGGACCAACGCAUCAUGGCUCAUUUGAUCUCGCCUACAUUGGUUGCAUUCCUAACAUGAUAAUCAUGGCCCCCAGCGAUGAGUGA